GUCAAAUCAUUGUAGCAGGUUAGUCACUCUCCAGCUAAUCAUAAAAAAGAGUUAGUUGGCACUGCCGGUAAUACGUUUACUUUUUAUUUCAUUUGCUAUUGAAAAGUCAUUCACUAUUGAAUAGUAUCUCAAUAGUGCUAUUGUUUUUUUUUUGUCGCACUCCAUUAAACUUUUCUUUACAAAUAUUUUACAACAUACAAAGCACAAACACUCAUUAAAUCCAAACAAUAAUAUGACAAAUACUAAUAUACAAGCUAACAAAUUACAAGUUGUCUUUUACCAAAAAAAUAAUAAUUAUUUGACCAAAAAAAAGUUACAAGUAGUCAUAGUAUAAAAUUCAUAUGGCUGUUCUAACUAUAGUUUUUUCAUUGACAAUUGUGAAGAGUUGAUUUAUUUGACUAUUGUUAUUUUUAUAUUUCAAGAAUAGACAAGUAUUUCAUACUGCAUUUGAUUAAAAAUAAUUUAUUGGGGGUAGUGGUAGAACAUUGAACAAGAAGCUAUACAAAAAACACAAUCUUUCACUUUUGUUUUUGUCUCUUCCCCAUAGUAUCUUUGUGGAUUGUCAACGCUCUCUGAAAGAGGUGCCCAAGAAGCUUCCUUUUCUCUCUCUCUCUCUCUCUCUCUCUCUCUCCGAUGGCACUACAAAUCUCCUCUCUUUAAAAAACGAAAAACACUUCUACCAAAGAUCUGUCAUUACCAGUUUACCACUAUCUCACUUUCCUAUUCUCUCUUCUCUGCAUUUACUUAAAACCUCAAAUUCAAUCUUUUUCCUGGAAAAAUCUCCCUUUUACCUCUCUCUUUUGCAUUCCAAAUCGAAAUCCCACUUACCAAAACCCCAAAGCUCGAAACUUUACACUGAUCUGAAGCCUUAGAAAAAAUGGGAUUCUCAGCUGGAAAAAGAAAAUCAAGAGAUGAACAAGACUACACAGUAACCUUAGCUUCCACCGCUUUCCCCAUGGACGACCUCAACGACGACGUCCUCGAGAGAGUUCUCUCAUGGCUACCAACUUCCUCUUUCCUCCGCAUGACCUCCGUCUGCAAGAGAUGGAAAUCAACCAAAACCUCAAAAAGCUUCAACCUUGCCUGCUCCCAAGUCCCUCUUCGAGACCCUUGGUUCUUCAUGAUCACCAACGACUCAAAUUCUUCAACUUUCGUAUACGACUCAACAGAUAACAGCUGGAAAAGCCUCAACCAUAACCGCAACCGCCGCGAUUUCAUUCCAGUAGCUUCCUCUGGCGGCUUGCUCUGUUUCAGAUGCUCUGUUUCUGGUGGCUUCCUCCUCUGUAAUCCCAUCACUGGAUCUUCCCGAGACAUUCCUUCUCCAAUCUCUGAUGAUAACAGCAAGCCUCUCCAAGCUGUAGCAAUGACUGCUCUCACUCCCUCCAGCUACAAGCUCGUUACAAUCUCUGGAGAAGCCCCAAACCUCUGUUUCCAAUUCUAUGAAUCAGAUUCUGGUUCAUGGAGUAAAGAGUUGAACUUAGUGAAGAAGAACGAUGGAGAUGAUGAGUACAAUGAUUCCUCAGAUGAUGAGACUGGAACAGUCUACUUUCUUAGCAAGACAGGACACGUGGUUGUAGCUACUAACAAUCUCCAGAGAAGUCCCUCUAAGCAGUACUCUUCUGUUAUAACCGUUAAAGACGAUGCAGAAACCGUCUACUUCCUCAGCUCUCAUGGAACCAUCAUAGCGUGUGAUCUCACCAAUAGAUGCUUCACCGAGCUACCUAAGCUUCUUCCUCCGUUUCUUGAAUAUUCCAUCGACUUGGUGGAAUGUAAUGGAACCAUGUUUGUGGUUCUUCUCUCUGAGUUCUACGAAAGCGCUAGCUUGAGGAUCUGGAAGCUAGAGAACCAGAGUUGGGUUCAUGUCGGGAUGUUGCCUCCUGCUAUGUCUCAUGAGUUGUACGGGAGAGAAGGAGACAUAAACUGUGUUGGAGGAGCUGGAAACAAGAUACUUGUCUGCUUCAACACCAAUCUUCCUGAGGUGUAUUGUAGAUACUUUGUGUAUGACUUAGUUGCAGAACAGUGGAGUGAGUUGCCAAAAUGCUUCAAGGAUGGAGAAGCUGUGGAGUUCGUUUCUGCUCUUUCGUUCCAGCCUAGGAUCGAAGCAACAGUUUGAAAUUUUAGCUCUUUAAGGAUCUGAUUUCAUUCUUUUCAGAUAAUGUAAUGUAACUUGAUUUAUAUAAUGUAUUGACAAUCAUCGAGUUAGAACAUGAA